AUGUUUUCACGCUGCCUAAAAACGUCCAAUACUCUUCGCAGACAACUCUUUUCCACCUUUGGAUCAGCGGCCUUAUUUUCUCUGGCGCUUGUGGUGAUUGCGGCAGGGUUGUCCAUCUAUAGUGCUGGAGAGAUUGUGAAGGAACACUCGUCUAAUUUGAUGACAAAUCAUGUCGUGGACGCUUUAAAAACGUCCUCGAGACUCAUGGCAGAAAAGCUGACGGCAAGAUUGUCUGAGGUGGACAGUAGCGUUCAACUUAUGGUGGAAAGUGUCCAAGAUCGAAUUGUGGGAUAUCCAACUCUGGAAGGCUGGGAUGAAUGCAAGUACGUGCCGUUUGUUGAUUCGGAAACAGGGAAUCGCAAGUAUCCACUGGCCAUGCCACCAGUGCCAAUGGAUUGGAAUAUUUCAUAUACAAAUAUGCUGACCAGCAGUGAUGGUGAAAGUGGUGAAGCAUACGAAGCACACGACAGCCAGUACAAUCGAACGCGAAACCAAUUGGGAAAUCGAUUGCCGUACUACAGGGUUACUUCGGAAAGGAUUGAGCUGUCAGUGGAUGUUGCAUCUUAUCACUUUUUGGGCUCGUGUGAUCGUAAUGCGGAUCCAACUUCUUUGGAUUGGGUUCAAGGAUGCGUGGAAUGGCAAACUGAAAAUGAUAAUAACCAAACAAUAGGAGGCACCCACUACCCUCCUCCGACUCAUUCUGGAUUGUAUCAAAGCACUGGAGACCUGUCGGUCUUCAUGAAGCCGCUCUUUGAGAGUCGAUUGGAUGCGCUCCGAAUCAAUGUCUACCUUGUCAACAGUGGAGCCGGUGCCACCCUCUCAUAUCCAGCGAGUCGAGUAACGCCAAUGUCAAACUUUAAGCAAAAACAGAUUGGAGAGGACGGAUUAUUCUACAUUAGCAACGGUUGUGAGUGGAUGAGGGAUAUCAAUAGUCGAACGGGGAAGCCCUACGGAUCAACCGAAUUUUGUCACCCAAAGGGGGCCAAGGUGCCAUACACUGAAUACAAUCCUAUGGAAGAGGAAUGGGCCCCCUAUUUCUUGGAGCAAACCGACAAGGUCGGAUAUUUCUCGCCUCCAUGUAGUGACGAUGAUGACAACCACGACUCCAAGAUUCACCAACACCAGCUGUUGAAGGCAGGAAAGGCAAUCAUGGACCGAUUAACUGGAGAACUAAUUGGAUUCACCACCAUUGAUAUUGCGGUUCAGUCCCUUGAAGAUGGGCUUGAAGAUGCGGCUGCCUGGUCGAAUGCUACCGAAGUUUUCAUUAUUCGCAAGAGCGAUGGACAAGUGCUAGGGGCAAGAUUACCAGACGACAAGGAACACGGACACAAUAAUAGCCAGGAUACCAACAGGCGUCUUUUGGAAAUGGCCAAGAGUGGCGAUGUGUUUGAAUAUGAUGAUCACCUUGUGUCGGCGAAUCCCUUGGUGCCUUCCAAAGAUUCAGAGUCCGGUGAAGAUAAUCAUCAUGAUGACCACCCAGAUACUUUUGUGCCACAAUACUAUGUCUUGCUUUCCAUUCCAACAUCCAACGUGCCACUGAAGGAAGAAAUCAAUGCUGCAAUUGACAACGAUGUCAUUCGCAAUGUCAUGACGAGUCUCAUUCUUUUCCUUGUUGGAUGUUUGGCUUUCUUUAUCAUUCUUGGAGGAGUCUCUUCAGCUCUCACCGAUCCAUUGCUCUGGAUUGAAGAUGUCGCCCACAGAGUUCUACGAGAUCAAAACAGCCAUCGGCGGAUCGUUCUAAAUGGCGAUCCUGUGAAAGGGAACCUUAGCAAAGUUGGAGCAGUAAGCUAUGCCCCCAAAACAGAAGUAUAUUACUUGGUGAAGGAAUUCCAGAGCGUUCUUUCAGGUCUGAGUGGUGAAGGUGUCAGUCGAGUUGCUUCUCCUACUCCAAAUUCCACAAAGAAUGGUCUCACCUACAGUAAUGAAUUCGAAAGCUACUAUGGGUUUUCGGACGAGAGCGAGAAACAAUUGCAUUCAUUUGAUCCGGCUGGGAUGAGAGAGGAUGGGAUGCGAAAAGAAAAUUCCAAGUCCCGAUUCACCCUGCCAUCGAUGGACGGAAAUCGGAUCGAGAAUACCAGUGUUGUUGAAACUCCCUCGAGGAGAAUCAGCAAGUAUCCCAAUCCUGGGCCAGUAAUGAACGAAAGCCUUUUAGCGACCAAGCCAGUGCGCGAAAUCAAAGGAUCUGAAAGGAUUUGCAAAAGUUCAUUGUUUCGAUGGAUUGUGAUUUUGAUCAUUAUUCCAUUGGUCUUGACCAAUGCAGUCCUGGUGACAUUGGUGACCAAUAGUAUCACUAGCAGCACUCCACAAUGGAUUCAACUUGCGGAAGAAGGUUCAGAACGAAUUGCAAGGCAGAAUUUGCUUUUUGUUGCAAGAACAAAAGCGUCAGUCAUGUCGUCGGUGGUCCGAAGAGUAACGCGAGAUCUGCAUUUUUUCUCCAGAGUGGUUGGAUGGCUUUUCUUUGAGGGAAUCACUCGGUCAGAUUCAUUUACAAAAGGAAGAUCUGGCUCAGCUGAAACGUGCAAGAAUCAUUCUGCCGAGGACCCCAUCUGCCCUGUCUUUCCAGAGAUCCCUUGCAGCUGCGAUUGGGAGAGUCCUUGGGAAACGAAACCUUGGCCGGGAUGCUCCAUCUUUGAAAAUGUCACGGAUUCAAGGUUCCUUCAGGAGUUUCAUUUGACUGGACAAUUGACAGACGCUGACAAUACAACCGGGAAUCGAAACUCCACUCUGAGCUUUCCAGAACUGGGCAGUAUACCUGAUACAACCUAUUGGUAUUCCAACCCAGCGGAAGCUCCAGGAGCCAGUAAGGGAACGAAUGCAUCGGGGGAUGAAACCACCUAUGAUCGAAUGCGAGUGUCUUCGGCUGCAUCAGUUGUCUAUUUUCCAAUUUAUAACUAUGCUACAAGUCUGGGAAAGAAGAAACCAAUUCUUGGAACGUUCAUAGGGUUUGAAAAGGAUGGCAUGUUUCAUGGAGCAGAUGGAUGCUAUGGUUUUGAUGGAGAAAUACCCCAUGCUGUAUCAAGCAAGGCCAAUCGUGCAGCAGAAAUUGCGCCGAAUCUUUGUCCGGAGGGGAAAUAUGGCUAUGAUCCUCGAUGCCGUGAUUGGUAUGCCACUGGCAAACGCUUGUACAUGGAAGGGCAGGUACCUGUUCAUGUCACAUCACCAUAUACCUUCCAGACAACCACACUCACAAUUGCAAGUGGUGCUACGUCUCCCAUUGCCAACCCCAAGAGUGGUGAAUAUAUUGGUCAAGUUCUAUUAGACUUUUUCCCGCUCGGUUUGCGUGGUUCCAUGGAGAGUGCCAUACAGCAGCUGUCCUUUGUAAUCACACCAGGAAAAGAUAUCACUGGCGGCGACACGGUUAUUGGACCAAACAAAACGGAAGGUUGGAAAUCAGAGGCCAUUUCGGAUGCCUUGUUCCCACUGCUUGGCAAUGAUGGCGCUGAUGAACUUCGUAUGAACUUCAAAGAAAAGAUUCUCAAGCCAAUGAAGAAUGGCGAGAGUGAUGUUGUGGAAGUUAUGCUGGUGGAUGAAAAUUUUUCGCCAGAAUCCUACAUAUUGGCAUUUGCUCCUGUGACAUAUAGCUUGCUCCAACCCAUAGACCCAAGCGACUUUGCAGAAGGUGUCGAGGAAUCGAGCGAUGUUGUUUACUCUGUUGGAAUCGGAGAAAGUAAAUCUAAAAUCAAGGGUCCCUUUUACGAAGUAUAUGAACAAAUGAGGAAGGAGUUGGAAAACGGACCACGGAACUUUUUCAUGACGGUGAUUGGUGUGGUAACAACACUAUUUGUGAUAUUUACAAUAUAUGUUGCUCUGAAAGUCACAUCCCCGAUCAUUACAUUACUUGAGAUUGUUAGAGAUAUUAAUCGAGGUAUUUUCAGUGAAGAUAUUCCUCCACUUGAGGGUGGGUGCAAGGAAAGCAUGCAAGUGUACAGCAUCUUUUCACGACUGAAUAAGCUUGUCAUGGUAUCGAAUACUGCCUUCUUCGCGCACAAGAUGGACAAAGCAAAGCAUUUCCUCAAUACUGCACUGAAACUGUUUCAUAAGAUCGAUGAUGAAAAGGCAAUUGGAAUCGCAAGUAAUAACCUGGCAAACACGCUUUUUGCGACUUUGUAUGCUGAAUCACUGGAGACUGAACAGCCGCUUGUUUGUUCCAGCCCUGGAUUAUUGAAUCAAGCUAUACAGCAUUAUGAGAAAGCUGUGGAUGUGGCUCAAAACGAAUUUGAAAGUGCGCAUGUGAAAGACAAACCAAUCUUUGCGGAACGACUUGGCGAUCGGCUUUUCAAUAGAGGGAUGUUUCUGUUAUUCUGUUCCAGGUAUAGCUGUGCACCUCCAAACGCAAAGUCGGAAGGGUAUGAGAACAUCAGGCGAGUUCGAACACUACACUACGAACUGAGGGAUUAUCUUCUGGAAAACAGAUUGCUCUUUGAACAAUCUGCAUCAUAUUGGAACCGUCUGAUUCGCCGAAUCAAUUGUCUGCUUGCUUUCUACAACGACGAAGAGUUGCGGAAUCUAUGGGAUGCUGAAAAUCUUCUUGACGAAGCCGAUGAAGUCAUGAUGGCUCUGUGGCAAAUGCCUGCUGCUCCUCUCUUCACUGAAGUUACUCCUAAUGGCCGUCGACAACAAUUGGAAGGAGCUGCAAUCAUCCUUUGCCAUCAAAUCGGUCAUGAUGACCAAGCUUACCACCUUGCAAUGAGAAUGUUUGCACAAGAUGAGUACCUUCUAGAUGCAUCAUUUGUCCCUGCUGCAGAGACUCUUCUUGAUAUUGCCGAAGCUGGGGAAAUUGCAAUCUCGGCAAAGCUACAAAAUGAAUUGCGAACAAUGCUCCGAAACAGAUCAAGAAACCCCAUGGAAUUUCUGACGAUGGAAACCUUCUGA